AUGGCAAACCCGAAAUUGUUAGCCCUCUCUAAAACCAUCCUCCGCCGGCGGGCUAGCCGUCCAGUUUACCGUUAUCACUGCAUAUCAACUCAAUCUCCUCGUCAAUUUCAGCAUCAAAACCAUUUCUUCCGCUCAACCUACUCGCCGGCGGCGUCGGAUUUUCAGGCUCGGUAUGCCCUACCUUAUAGUUUCCUCGCUAGUCGUUCAUUUUCGUCAAGCCAGUCGGAGGAGCUCGUAUCCUUGCCUAUAGACUUCGCCGCAACAGUUGGCGCUGGAGUUGAUGCUGUAAACGAGGAGUCCAUUCUUCCAGUGCAAGCCCUGACUUACUUGCUAGAUGGAUUUCACGAUAUCACUGGCUUCCCUUGGUGGCUAGUUAUUGCAUCUUCCACAUUGGCGCUUAGGCUCACGUUAUUUCCCUUCGUUGUGCUACAACUUCGCAAGCUGAAAAGGAUCGGAGAACUUUUUCCUAAAUUGCCUCCUCCAUUGCCACCGCCCUUCUCAGGAAGGAGUUUCAAGGAUCAAUUUGCGCUUUUCCGGAAAGAGAAGAAUGCUGUAGGUUGUCCGUCAUUUUUUUGGUUCAUUGCAUCAUUUGCCGUCCAGGUUCCGUUGUUCCUCUUAUGGGUUACAUCUAUUCGGAGAAUGUCACUGGACUGUCACCCUGGUUUUGAUUGUGGUGGCAUCUUCUGGUUCCAGAACUUGACUGAAUAUCCUACUGGUGCUUUAGGCCCCAUAUUUCCUUUACUGAUUGCUGGAUUGCAUUACGUUAAUGUCCAGAUCUCAUUUCGAAAAUCAUCUCUUGGAAAAGUUUCUGGCGUUUUUGCAAUGUUAGCCAAGUAUUAUAGGAUGUAUUUGGAAGUUUUGACGAUUCCAAUGUUGUUCAUAACUUUUAAUAUCCCUCAGGGUGCCUUAAUAUAUUGGCUUACAAACAGUUCACUAAGUGUCUGUCAGCAAUUAUUGCUUCAACAUCCAGAUGUUCGUGAGAGGUUGGGUUUGCCUAAUAAAGCUUCUGUGGAAGAAGUAGAACAUAAUGCAAUAGAGAAAGUUGGUAUUAAGGAAACAACUCAAUCUGGAGGGCAGCGUAGAGUUUCGGCUCGUGAAUUAUCGCCAAAAGAAUUGGUCGCUCUUUCAGUAACAUUAUUAGCGAAGGGGCAGCUAGACAGGGUCGUUGAAAUUUUAAGACUUGCUCUUGAGAAGGAUCCAGAAUGCGUAAGAGCAAUGCUUCUUAUGGGGCAGAUAUUCAUGCAAAAGAACCUAUUAUCCGAAGCUACUGAGUACUUGGAGCUUGCUGUUUCACAGCUUCUCAAAGCUGGACUUCCCUCAGAUGUUGAAGAUGUUGAUCUCUUAAUUCUUUCAUCCACAUGGGCAGGUAGUGUAUACAUGCGACAGGGGAAGAAAGAUGAGGGCAUCGUUCACCUAGAAAGAUUAGCUUCUCUUCAGGAGCCCGAAGACUCAAAGAGCAAGUCUCAUUACUAUGAUGGGCUAUUACUGCUAUCUAGUGCUUUAUCUACUGUUGGUCGCAAAGACGAAGCUAUACAGCAAUUACGCAGAGCUGUUGCUUAUGAUCCUGAUCGUUACCAGCAAUUUCUUGAUCAGUAUGAGAAUGAGGAGGAUGAUAUUACUAGUGACCUUGUCAGCAGUCGGCGGACCGAUUCUUGA